AUCCCUAACCCUAACCUCUUGUUCUGUUUUGGAGACAGAUGCAGUGAAACCCACAGAGAGAGGAAUAAAAGAAAAAGAUGAACAACUUGGAGGGUUUGCAAAAUCUGGCGGAGCAGUGGUUGCAUCGAGUAAUUGAGUCUGUUCGACCAACAGAGACUGCUCUUUUUGUUGCCACUUUUAUUGUGUUACAAACGAUCAUUAUGCUCUUAAUUGAUCACUUUUUCGGACGUAAGAAACCUAGUACGGUUGUGUUGUUGUCUGGUCUAGGCGGAAGUGGCAAAACAGUGCUCUUCAAUCGACUCCGAGAUGUAUCCACACGUCAGAGUGAUGUAAUGUCAGUCGAACUGGACCAACAAGGCAACUUUCUCCUUCGCACUGAAAUCCCUAUGAGUGAGUAA